CACGUGGAGUUGUAGCACAUUAUUACCAGAGAUCGUGCAGACGGAGACGGCAUCGGAAAGAAGAACUGCAACCCCAAGCAUGAAGGUAGCGGUUGUGAUCGUGGCACUUUUGGGUGCCGUAUUUUGCGACCCAACAGUAUACUUCAAAGAAGAAUUUGGAGAUGGUUGGGAGACGAGGUGGGUGGGUUCCAAGAGCAAAGGUGAUGAACAAGGCAAAUUUGAAGUGUCCGCAGGCAAAUUUUAUGGCGAUGCAGAAAAAGAUAAAGGCUUGAGGACUACACAGGAUGCUCGAUUUUAUGGGAUCUCAACAAAGUUUGACAAGUUCAGCAAUGAAGGAAAGCCCCUUGUUAUCCAGUUUACAGUCAAGCAUGAGCAGAACAUUGAUUGUGGAGGUGGUUACGUGAAAGUGUUUUCUUCAGAUCUCAGUCAGGAAGAAAUGCAUGGAGAAUCACCUUAUCUAAUCAUGUUUGGACCUGAUAUUUGUGGUCCUGGUACAAAGAAAGUCCAUGUGAUCUUCAACUACAAGGGCAAGAAUCUCUUGACCAAGAAAGACAUUCGUUGCAAAGAUGAUGUAUAUACUCAUUUAUAUACCCUCAUUGUGAGGCCUGACAACACCUAUGAAGUACGAAUUGACAAUGAAAAAGUGGAAAGUGGAGAGCUUGAAGCUGACUGGGACUUUCUUCCUGCCAAAAAAAUUAAAGAUCCAGAAGCAAAGAAGCCUGAUGACUGGGAUGAGCGUGAGAAGAUCGAUGAUCCAGAUGACACCAAACCUGAGGACUGGGAUAAGCCUGAGCACAUCCCUGACCCUGAUGCCAAGAAACCCGAUGACUGGGAUGAUGAGAUGGAUGGUGAAUGGGAACCCCCUAUGAUCGACAAUCCCGAGUACAAGGGAGAGUGGAAGCCUAAACAAAUUGAUAAUCCCAACUACAAAGGCAAAUGGAUCCAUCCUGAGAUUGACAAUCCAGACUACACUCCAGAUGACAAGCUGUAUCUCUACAAAGAUAUUGGUGCUCUUGGCUUUGAUUUGUGGCAGGUUAAAUCAGGAACUAUUUUCGACAACAUUUUGAUAACAGAUGAUCCUGACUUUGCCAAGGAGUUUGGUGAAAGUACAUGGGGAAAAACUAAGGACCCAGAAAAGAAAAUGAAGGAGGCACAGGAUGAGGAGGAAAGAAAGAAACGCGAGGAAGAGGAAAAGAAGAGGAAAGAGGAAGAAGAUUCUAAAAAGGCUGAAGAAAAAGAGGAGGAAGAUGAUGAGGAUGAGGAAGAAGAGGAGGAUACUGAAGAUCAUGACGAGUUGUAGUCAGCAAGGAAGUGGAAGAGAAUGCUCUGUGUGAUUUGAUCAUCUUCAUAGACUUAUCAUGUCAUCCCAUGUGAUUACAUCAUCAUCCAGAAAAGUUCAGUUCAGUUUUCAGUGCUUGGAUCAUUGAAAAAAGUUGCCCUGGGGGGCCCUUUUUUGAAAGUGCUAUUUAUUUUUUUCAACCAUCUUCUUAGACUGUUAACUGCACAGAUAAUUAGGAUUUGUGCAACUUGUUCCUGUUCUUAGGGCCUAGAACAUUAUUUUGACUCCUCAGAAAUGCAUUUGUUCAUUUGUGUAAAUGAGACAAGGGAAAUGAUUGUGCUGCUAGUGCUUGUGGGACAUGAACUGUGUGAUAUGUCAAGGUUGCUGGUAUUAAAGUUUUUUUUUAUAAA